AUGCUUUCGCGAGGUGUAUUGCUUCGGUCGAUGUCAGGACUGAAGCUUCCACCUUCUCUGCAGCGGUGGUUUCAUUGGUACCCUCGCAGGGGAGGCGAGUUUCUUGGCGACAUGCUUGCCGGUCACAACCUCUUUAUUGCCGACAUCCCACGCAAGUUUGAUGCCCAGCACGCGCGUCACUUCUCCCUUGUGGAGUCACUUUGCAUCACUCCCCUCUUUACGCUGACGAUGGUUCACUACUUCUCUAGCUUUUUUCUCCACCCCAAACGAUGGCAGAUGAUCCCGGUACUCAUGACAGAACUCGCCCGCAAGACAGAGACGCAGCAGCAGUGGAUGAGUGUCAUGGAGAAGAAGUCUCCAACAGACGUGGUUGUGUGGCGUGCCUCAAUGUCAUUGAUGCAGAUUGUACUUUUCCCCGCCUGUCUGCUGCUCUCUUCCCUCACCCCGCAGAUGAUGCACGCCAUGCUGGAGCGUACGAACCACAUUGUACAUCAGAAACUUGCAUGCAUCAACAAAGAUGCUCCACCAUUUGUGCAGAAGUACAUGGAUGAGGCCCGGGAGGCGGAGGCGUUUCACAGCCAACAGCUAUGCAUUACCACAGACUACCUUGCGGCUCUUCUCAUUGUCUUGUUGGUGCUGUACCUGACGUCGUAA